AUGUCAACAUCUUUUCCUUCAUCUUCAUCUGUCUGGGACAACAUCAUAGAUUAUCUUUCUCUGAGCUCGAUAUGGAAUUGGCUACAAGCAAGUCUUCUGGGAGAGACUAGUCCACCUCAGCAAACAAAUUUGGGUCUACUAGAUAAUUUUGCUCCAACUGUGCAAGUUAUCCUGGGGAUUUCCUUUUUGCUUUUGUUGGGAAUAGGAGUAUAUGCCUUAUGGAAACGAAGUGUUCAGUCAAUUCAGAAAAUAUUGUUGUUUGUAAUCACCCUCUACAAACUUUACAAGAAGGGCUCAGAUUUUUUUCAGGCUUUGCUGGUCAGCCCAGAAGGGAAUCAUCUCCCAAUUCAAGACAAUAAUCUCUUUCUGUCCUUGGGUCUGCAAGAGAGAAUUUUGAAAAAACUUCAGGCAGUGGAAAACAAAGUGAAGGACCUGGAGGGGAUGAUCAUUUCCCACAAACCUGCCAUGAAGAGGGAUUGCUCCUCAGAGCCUUACUGCAGCUGCUCUGACUGCCAGAGCCCCUUGCCCACAUCAGGGUUCACGUCCACGUCUGAAAUGUGA